AGUUACUUUUGAAAGGGGGGAGUGCGGGGUUGAUACGGUGGCGGGAGUGAGUGAGUGAAGGCAGAGCCGCAGCCGACGAGUGACCGGACGGAUUUAUCAAACAAAAACACACACGUAUAGUUCAACAGAAUUUUUAAAAAAAAUCCCGAGCCCCGCGUCGAUUGGGAGCGUUAUAUGUGGCGGGGAGAGCGGCGCACGUCGAGCAGGCGAGGCCCGGGUGGCGCAGCCUGAGGCCGCGGCGCUGCGUUAGCGGGCAGGCCCACAUCAGGCGAGGUUUGGCCGGGGCAAGGUGAAGCGAGGCGCCAUGGCUACCACCAACUACAGCUGCCUCAACCGUGCUCAACUCACCUUCGAAUACCUGCACACUAACUCAACUACUCAUGAGUUUCUUUUUGGAGCUUUGGCUGAGCUGGUGGACAAUGCCAGAGAUGCAGGUGCUACAAGAGUGGACAUAUAUACUGUAAAGAAUGUGGAUUUUCGAGGAGCAUUCAUGUUAUGCUUUCUGGACGAUGGAACUGGAAUGGAUUACAAUGAGGCUGCCAGUGUGAUCCAGUUUGGAAAAUCAGCCAAAAGAACCCCAGAAUCCACGCAGAUCGGGCAGUAUGGGAAUGGACUCAAGUCUGGCUCAAUGCGAAUAGGCAGAGACUUCAUUUUAUUCACCAAAAAAGAGGAUACAAUGACUUGCGUUUUCCUUUCACGAACAUUUCAUGAGGAGGAAGGGAUUGAUGAGGUGAUAGUUCCACUUCCAACAUGGAAUUCCAAAACAAAGGAGCCCAUGACUGACAACCCUGAGAAAUUUGCCAUCGAAACAGAACUCAUCUACAAAUAUUCACCAUUCAAGUCCAAGUCGGAGGUCAUGGAGCAGUUUGAGAAAAUCAAAGAAAAUAAUGGUACUUUGGUGAUUGUUUAUAACCUUAAACUGAUGGAUAAUGGUGAGCCAGAGCUGGAUGCCAUCUCUGAUCCUACAGACAUUCUGAUGGCAGGUCCACCACUUGAGGGCAUCAAACCAGAGCGGCGCUCCUUCAGAGCAUACACAGCUGUUCUGUACAUUGACCCUAGAAUGAGAAUCUUUAUCCAGGGUCACAAGGUCCGGACAAAACGACUGUCUUGCUGCCUGUUUAAACCAAGAAUGUACAAGUAUACAUCGAAUCGGUUCAGGACCCGUGCUGAACAAGAGGUGAAGAAAGCUGAGCACUUGAUGAAACUAGCUGAGGAGAAGUCACGGGAAGCAGAGAGUAAAGCACGUGCCCUGGUAUUGAAGCUGAGUGGUGAUUUGAGCAGGGAAUCAAGGGUUCAUCUGAGACAAGUGCAGGAUGCUGCAUUCAAUCUCAGCAGAGAAGCUGAUGUGAAGAAGCGAAUACAUGAAGCCAAACUUCGAGCUUUGAAGGAACCAAAGGAGAUGUGUUUUAUUUUCGGUGUUAAUAUUGAGUAUCGCGUCCAGGAUGGAAUGUUUAUUUAUAACUGCAGUCGUCUCAUCAAGAUGUAUGAGAAAGUGGGGCCACAGCUGGAAGGAGGAGUUGCGUGUGGUGGAGUUGUGGGUGUAGUGGACGUCCCAUACCUGGUUCUGGAGCCCACCCACAACAAGCAGGACUUUGCAGAUGCCAAGGAGUAUCGCCAUCUACUGAGAGCCAUGGGAGAACACCUGGUGCAGUACUGGAAAGAUAUCGGCAUAGCACAGAAGGGGAUAGUGAAAUUCUGGGAUGAAUUUGGCUAUCUGUCAGCCAACUGGAACCACUCGCCUUCUGACGAGACAUUGUACAAGAGGCGGCGUGCCAUGGAGAUUCCGACCACCAUUCAGUGCGAUCACUGUUUAAAAUGGCGGACCCUUCCCUACCGAGUGGAUGAUGUUGGUAAGGCAUAUCCAGACAGUUGGAUGUGUUCCAUGAGCCCUGAUCAUAUCCAGAAUCGAUGUGAUGCUCCAGAGCAGAAGCAAAAUGUACCAAUAGGGGCACUGCGAAAAGAUGUGAAGUCACACGAAGAUAAAAUAAGAGUGCAGCAAAAGAAACUGGAAGCAUUGAAGAAAAACAUGCCUAUCCGUUCCAAUGCUGAUUUAAAGAAACUUCCACUUGAUGUUAGCUGCAAUCCCACACUGGAGGCACGGGCUUCUGUAAGUAGUCAGCGCGCACGAUCACCGCCGUUGGCUGACAUCAUCAAAAAUGCCCCGAGCCACCCACCUGGAUUGAGGUCCCACGCGCUACAACGCAAGUCAUCCACCUCCAGAUUCGCAAGCAAGGCUGCAGACACUCACGCCAACGUUACCGUUAAGAAAGCAGUAACCAAUGCGGGAAGAUCCCAGCAGCGGCUGUCAGCCUCUGCAAAAAACGCUGUGUCUCCCAGGAUCGGAGCGCAGCCAUCCACCUCUGUGAGGAAUGCCACCCCUGUCUCUGUGAACGCAAAGAGCCAACAGGUGAAAGGAACAAAGGCCUUGGGACACAAAAGGGAGACGCCCAGUAGGACGGUGCAGUCUGCCGGAACGAGGAAAAGGAAUACGAUCAUGGAAAGUAGCGAGGAGGACGAGGAAGACGACGACGAGGAUGAUGAGGAAGAAGAAAAAGAACAGGAAGAAAGGAAAUCUAAGAUAAUCCCCACCGUUUCCGAAUCAAAGCGCUUGAAAAAAGACACAGCUGAUGUGGUGGAGUGUGUUACGUUACAGAUUUCGGACAGUGGAGGGGAGGUGGAUGAAGAGGAGCAGGUCAGCACCAUGAAAGACCGAGGACUUCUGGUAGAAAUGAAGGUGAAUAAGGAGUGGCACACGGGUCGGGUCACUGCUGUUGCAGCCAGCAAACAGUCAGUGCGGUGGAAGGUCAAGUUUGAUUAUGUCCCAACGGCAACUACUCCGAGAGACCGAUGGGUUGAGAAGGGAAGUAUGGAUGUGAGACUAAUGAAGCCACCGUCUCCUGAAUACCAGACACCUGACACACUGGGUGGUGAGGAAGACAUAUCUGCGGAAACAGGAUCAACUUCAGACAGUACCAGGAUGGAGCCAGACACUACACAGCCAACAACCAGCAAAGAGACUGUGGAAUCACUUGUGCUCAGCUUCAGAAAUACUUUGCGGUAUUUUCUGCCACCAAAUUACAGGAUAAAUAAGGAGGAAUUGAGCUCAAUGACGCCAGAAGAACUUGCUUCAUUCCCUCUGAAAGAUUACUUUGAGCAGUAUGAAGAGGGGCUGAAGAACCUGUGCACUGCUUACCAGACCCGUGCUGAAGAGCGUGUCCGAACCACAGAGAAAAAGUUGCAACAGAACGAUGCAGAGCUGACAGAUGCACAGGAAAAGCUCUGCAAACUGAGGAACAACAUAGUGGAGCUGCUGCGGAAAGUUCAAGAGGAUAUUGAAAUUAGCACAGACGACGAGCUCGAUGCCUACAUCGAGGAACUAAUUACAAAAGUGGACUGAAUACCCCAACCCUCUUCUCCCACACAUACACCUGUUACAAAGUGUAUUGGAAAGGUCUCUAGUACACUGCUGCAAUGUGGACUAAAUGUAAGCAGUGUUUUAGAAAAAUGUUACUUCAUUUUGAGGUUUUAGCUUUAAAGUUUUACACCUUGUUUAAUGGGCCUGUAAUUUUGUAUUAUAUUUAUUAAAAAUACAAUUGUACCAUU